UGGCCUUGGUUUUUGUCUCUGUUACACCUCAGGUAUUCCCUCUGCAAUAUCAAAUCUCACUUGUCCUCUUGCUUCACCUUCAUCUUAUUCUUCUUUUACUUUUUCAUUUUAAAUUUAUUUCAAAAGCCUAUUCUUUCUGCCUUUUCCUUCUCUAUCUCCGUACCCUGCCUCCUUUGUUUGUACCAACUUUUUAUGUUCAUCUUCUCUCUUCCCAACAACACACUAUUGACCAUUCUCUCUUCUUCUUCUUCUUCUUCUUCUUUCUCCAUUUUCAUCUUUUUUCAUAACCAACCACUCAUCUUUGAUUCAAGUUGGUUCCUUUUCCACCUUUCAUCACACCCAUUUUGUUUAUUCUCUCUGUUGCUUUCUUCUUUACCCCACAACUCUAAAACACGGUCGUUCCAUCAGUGAUUCAAAGUUUUCCAAAGAUAUUUAUCGUUGGAGGGGAACUCUGUUGGAAAUUUGUUGCUUUUCUUUCCUUUUGUAUUACUCUAGUCAGAUUGUGGGGACCUUCAAGACCUUCAAAUUUGUUGGCAUGGUUUCUCCACACUUGUGUUGAUCCUUUGUAAGCGAUGCUGUAAUCUGAGUUCUUGAAUUAAAGCAAAAAAAUUGGUGAUGCUUUGCAUGGUAGAGUGAAUGAUACAUGGAAGUGUUGUCAAAGUUCUUGGUUGGCCCAUUGCAUUCAAUAACUAGCAAAUGUAUGGUUUUGCUUGUUACUGUUUUGAUCCUUAGAGCACUGUUGUUUCCAUCCUUCCCUGGCUUUGAUGGGAUUGAAUGGGGCAACCUUGUAUGUAUCCGCACUCCAUUGUUGAAUUCGGACUUUGGAAUCCAGCAAGAUAAGUUUUUGGAGGUUCCUCAGCUCGUUUGGGGAUUAAACAAUCAGAAGAUUGCAUUUGCAAGGGCUUGCCUUACUGCUAGAAUGCUGAAUAGAACAUUGUUGAUGCCAAGCCUUAGUGCCUCACUGUUUUACAAAGAAAUUGACCUCCUGCAACCAAUUUCCUUUGACAAGGUAUUCCAAUUUGAGAAGUUUAAUGCCCUUUGCCGUGGUUUUGUCCGGUUGGGAUGCUAUUCAGACGUCUUGAAUAGAACAGAAGUGCUGAAAAUGGAGAAGGGGAGUGGCAGGAGGUGGACAGUGGAGAGAGAUUUGGCACAAUUGAAGGAGCAUAGUAAGGGCUCUUUUGAUGAUUAUGAGGUAAUUCGGAUUGUAGGGAAGAACCCUUUCUUGUGGCAUGAUCAUUGGCCUGUGAAGGACUAUGCAAGGGUUUUUGAGUGCUUGGAUUUGACAGAGGAGAUUGCUAAGGAAGCAGACAGGAUUGUGUCUAGGAUUCGAGCUGUCGGAAGAGAGGUAACAGGCAACACUGAAGCAGUGGAAGUGGAGAACAAUAUUAUCACCUCUGAUGGAUCUUCAUUUCAGCCUCUUCCAUUUGUUGCUGUCCACAUGAGGAUAGAAAUUGAUUGGAUGAUUCACUGUAAAAACCUAGAGCAGAGAUUGAACACGAAUCAAAUCUGCAGUGGCAAGAAAGAGAUAGUGGAAAGAGUUGGGAAUAUUGCUGGUUUGAAGACUCCAGUUGUUGUUUAUCUUGCUGUUGCUGAUAAACUCCUUAACAAUUCAUCAUCCAUACUAGAUGAUUGGGAAGAAGGGUUUCUUCCUUUUGAGAAGAAGAGGCUUGGUGUUGAUGGAAUUUAUAAGAAGUAUCCCUAUUUAAUUCAGUCUGCAAUUGACUAUGAAGUGUGUUUAAGAGCUGACAUCUUUGUGGGAAACAGUUUCUCCACAUUUUCAAGUCUUAUAGCUCUUGAAAGAACACAGAAGAUGAUCAGAAUAAAUGUCACCAACAUGUGUGGAGAGAAUGUAAGAUGGCCUUCUUAUGCUUAUAAUAUACCAGGAGAAUCAAAUGGCCCAAUGAGAUGGGUGACAAAUAUGUCAGAAUCAAGUCUUCAAGCAAUCAGCUAUGGCACCAAUCACAUCUCUUGUUGAUAAUGCGUUGUUUAAUUAAUUAAAACUUUUAGAGUGGAUGAAGAGCCCCUUUUUCUUGUCCCAACAUGAUAAUUUCUGAGUUUGCUUGGCACACUUGAAAAAGAAGAGUUUUGAUGUAGAGAAUACAGCAAUGGAUUAUAUGUGUUUACACUGAGGUACAGUUUGCUAGUUAUGUAAAUUUAUAACCCUUUAGUUUGACACAAUUUGCUCAGGUGUGGCGCUGUUUGUCUGGUUGUUAAAAAACAAAAAUUCCUCCAAAAGGGCAAGUCUUGGUUUCUGUUUGCAUUUUGUGUUUGUAGUUUGGGUGGUGUUACUGUUGGUUGAUUGGGUUCAAGUGUGAGAAUUGCAAAAGGUGGAAAGAACACAAAGUGUCUAUUUUUGUUGAAUAGUUGGGAGAACACGAAGUGGACCCUCAUUAGUUAUUUAAAAAA